CCAGCCAGGAGCUGGGGGCUGGGAGGGAGCUAUUGGCAGCCUUGCUGCUCCCGUGAACGCCCGCACAUCACGUGGGGCGAGUUCUCAAGGGACUGCGUUCUGCCUUUUGGGUGCUGGGUGCUGGGUUGGUCUUUCUCCGGCUCUCGUGCCUCAUCUGUCCCACAGACACAGCAUCGUGGGCCUCAUGUGUGACUGCAGCCUCCCCCCAGUGUCGGCAACAAAACUGCACCCCCCCGGGAACCUCUGUAUGGCCAUGAUGUUCCGGAGGGCAUGGCCGUGCACCCUCUGGGCGUCCAGCUCAGUGUCUCGCCCAGGCCCUGGAGUCCUCAAUGAACGCCUGGUGAAAUAAAGUCAAUUUUCUGGAAGGUGGAGGUGAAAGUGACUGGAAGUGGAAUUUCUCGACUGACUUCGGGGAGAAGAUUAUUCCCCGAAUGCUGCUGCAAAAGCUCACUCAUCCCUGGCUUCAGUUUUCUUCGAGAUGCAAAGCCCCGUCCCUCUCGGUCACUCCCCACAAAGGCCUGUGAUGUCCUCUGUUUCACGUUUUCAUUCCCAGAACUCCCUGUCUGCCUUCUUGCCGCCGGCGUUUCAACUGCUUCGUGAAUUCCCAAGAAUGGAUGCGCCGGGGUUGGCCGAGGCCAUUUCCCUGGUACUAGAUGAGAUUUAAUGACAUUUCAUACAAAUACUGCCCCAUAGAGACACAGACACUUCAGAACGAUGGACACAGAACGAGACCCGCACUGUUCCUGACUUAGAACAGGAAGCAUCGCGCCUUCACCAGUGGAGUCUCGGGCGGGCCGGCAUCUUCCCACACCCGCUGCAGCACCGGCCUGGUGAAGAGCGGAGCCCAAGCCCCCGCCAGCCCAGCCAGGACCAGCCCUGCUGAGACCACCAGAGCAUCGAGCAGGACAUGCUGCACCAGCGCCCCCAGCUGCUGCUCCUGGGGAGCCUGCUCGCCCUCCGGUCUGUCCUGUCCCAGGAGUGCACCAAGUACAGGGUCAGCACCUGCCGGGACUGCGUCGAGUCAGGGCCUGGCUGCGCCUGGUGCCAGAAGCUGAACUUCACGGGGCAAGGGGAGCCUGACUCCACUCGCUGUGACACGCGGGAGCAGCUGCUGUCAAAGGGCUGCGCGACGGAUGACAUCAUCGACCCCAGGAGCCACGCCACGACCCAGGAGGACCAGGUGGGGGGCCAGAAGCAGCUGUCCCCACAGAAAGUGACGCUCUACCUGAGACCAGGUCAGGCGGCUGUGUUCAACGUGACCUUCCAGCGGGCCAAGGGCUACCCCAUCGACCUGUACUACCUGAUGGACCUCUCAUACUCCAUGCUGGACGACCUCAUCAACGUCAAGAAGCUGGGGGGUGACCUGCUCCGGGCCCUCAACGAGAUCACCGAGUCCGGCCGCAUCGGCUUCGGGUCCUUUGUGGACAAGACGGUGCUCCCCUUCGUCAACACGCACCCCGAGAAGCUGCGGAACCCGUGCCCCAACAAGGAGAAGGAGUGCCAGGCCCCGUUCGCCUUUCGGCACGUGCUGAAACUCACCGACAACUCCAGUCAGUUCCGGACGGAGGUCGGGAAGCAGCUGAUCUCGGGAAACUUGGACGCCCCCGAGGGUGGGCUGGACGCCAUGAUGCAAGUCGCCGCGUGCCCGGAGGAGAUCGGCUGGCGCAACGUCACCAGACUGCUGGUGUUUGCCACGGAUGACGGCUUCCACUUUGCGGGAGACGGGAAGCUGGGCGCCAUCCUCACUCCCAACGAUGGCCGCUGCCACCUGGAGGACAACAUGUAUAAAAGCAGCAACGAAUUCGACUACCCAUCGGUGGGCCAGCUGGCGCACAAGCUGGCAGAAAGCAAUAUCCAGCCCAUCUUCGCUGUGACCAAGAGAAUGGUGGCAACGUACGAGAAGCUCACAGAGAUCAUCCCCAAGUCUGCAGUCGGGGAGCUGUCAGACGACUCCAGCAACGUAGUCCAGCUUAUUAAGAACGCCUACAACAAACUGUCCUCCAGAGUCUUUCUGGAUCACAACACCCUCCCUGACACCCUGAAAGUCACCUACGACUCCUUCUGCAGUAACGGGGUAUCGAAGGUGGACCAGCCCAGAGGGGACUGCGACGGCGUCCAGAUCAACGUGCCGAUCACCUUCCAGGUGAAGGUCACAGCCACAGAGUGCAUCCAGGAGCAGUCAUUCAUCAUCCGGGCGCUGGGCUUCACGGACACGGUGACUGUGCGGGUCCUCCCCCAGUGCAAGUGCCGGUGCCGGGACGCGAGCCGGGACCACAGCCUCUGCGGCGGCAGGGGCUCCUUGGAGUGCGGAGUCUGCAGGUGCGACGCCGGCUAUAUAGGGAAGAACUGCGAGUGCCAGACGCAGGGCCGGAGCAGCCAGGAGCUGGAGGGAAGCUGCCGGAAGGACAACGGCUCCAUCAUCUGCUCGGGGCUGGGGGACUGCAUCUGCGGGCAGUGCGUGUGCCACACGAGCGAUGUGCCCAACAAGAAGAUCUACGGCCAGUUCUGCGAGUGUGACAACGUCAACUGCGAGCGCUACGACGGCCAAGUCUGCGGGGGCGAGAGGCGAGGGCUCUGCUUCUGCGGCACCUGCAGGUGCCACAACGGCCACGAGGGCUCGGCGUGCCAGUGCCUCAAGUCUGCGAAGGGCUGCCUCAACCCGGCUGGCGUCGAGUGCAGCGGCCGCGGCCGGUGCCGCUGCAACGUGUGCCAGUGCGACCCCGGCUACCAGCCGCCGCUGUGCCUCGAGUGCCCGGGCUGCCCCGCGCCCUGCGCCCGCUACGCCAACUGCGCCGAGUGUCUGAAGUUCGACCAGGGCCCCUUCGCCAAGAACUGCAGCGCAGCGUGCGGGGAGACGAAGCUGCUGCCCAGGCCACUGCCCGGCCGCACGUGCAAGGAGCGCGACUCCGAGGGCUGCUGGAUGACCUACACCCUGUUGCAGCGCGAGGGGCGGGACAGAUACGACGUGCACGUGAACGACAUGCGCGAGUGCGUGAAGGGCCCCAACGUCGCCGCCAUCGUGGGGGGCACCGUGGCAGGCGUCGUGCUCGUCGGCCUCCUCCUGCUGGGCAUCUGGAAGGUCCUGACCCACCUGAGUGACCUCAGGGAGUACAAGCGCUUCGAGAAGGAGAAGCUAAAGUCCCAGUGGAAUAACGACAACCCCCUUUUCAAGAGCGCCACCACGACAGUCAUGAACCCUAAGUUUGCUGAGAGUUAGGACUGCUUGGUGAAGACGGGGCCUCCUGCGCCGCCCAGGAGGAGCGCCCCACGCCACAUCCCCUCCCGCAGGCCGCCCGUGACCCCGUCGCCCGGUGGACUCAGCUGGCGACACUUGACGACUUCACCACUCAUGGAAAGUCCACCGUUUUUCCUGCCCCCAGAAUGACAGACGUGGUCAGAUAAUUCUAGGGACGCAUCAGAAGGGCCAGCCUCCCCCUUCUGACAUGAGUGACUCUUGAUAGCAACUUGAAGAAGGAAUUGCUCGCGUCCCAUAAGGUUAGACAUGUGUUGUCCUUUGUAAAAAUUAGCACAGCAUUUUGAUGAAAGGUGGUACAGAUUUAUUUAUAUGUGAACUUCUCAGAGUGUAAAAUUAUAUCCCGUUGAUCAUGCUGCCCCCAA